AUGCUAACGUUGUUAGGAGUUUUUGGGAGUAAGGGAGGCUGUGCUUGCGCUGCGCAGAUCGUGCGCAUCGCGGAGACCCGCGAGGGCUUCCUGGACCUGCUGGACCUGGAGCGGCAGCUGGAGGCGCACCAGGGCUCCGGGCGGCAGCUCAUCGGCUGCUUUUCCGCCGCCUCCAACAUCACGGGCGUGCUGGCAGACGACGUGGCGACGACACUGUUGCUGCACCAGUACGGCGCGCUCGCCUUCUGGGACUACGCGGCCGCCGCGCCCUACGUCAAGCUCGACAUGAACCCCAUCCUGCCGGGUGUGGAUGAGACGUCAGUGCACAAGGAUGCCAUGUUCUUCUCCAUGCACAAGUUCAUAGGCGGCGUGCAGACGCCUGGCGUGCUCAUCGCCAAGAAGGCGCUCUUCCGCAGCGAGGCACCCAACGGCUGCGGCGGGGGCACGGACGCGGAGCUGCGCGAGGAAGGCGGGACGGCGGCCGUGGUGGAGUCGGUGCGCGCGGGGCUCGUCAUGCAGCUCAAGGAGACCGUCGGCGUGCUCGCCAUCAUGGCCCGCGAGCAGAAGAUCGCCAGCUGGAAUCAUGUAAAUGACAGGAUCACGGCAGCAUCAGAUUCAAGGCAGCCUGAGGCAUGCUUCUCUGCGCGACAUGCAAUAGCAUAG